CCGAUUUUCAGUAAAUGGGAAGUGAUUGUAUAGCACGUUAAUAAAUACGCGUAAGGAGAAAACAUUCAUUUAAUGUGAGUUGAACACAUAGAGCAAAACAACAGAUUAUGUGGUCUUGACGUGGUGCUGAUGGACGAGAAACGGCAGCGUGCAUUAGGCAUUUGACAUUACCAACCUCGAGUGCGGUUGAACAAAAGAACACAAACGAACCACUACUUUCAGUGAAAAUAUGAGCGCAAAUAUGUAACACAUAUCCUUAUUCAAUAAACCAAGUUGAAACAGCUAUGAAAUGUGAAACGGUCAUGAAUGGUGCAGUCACAUAUCAAGCAUUUAUAUCAGUACUGGUAGCAAGAAACGCCAUUAAGCAUGUAAAGCGUGAAUACGAAAUAGCAGUAAAACAUACAGACUAGGUGGCUAGGUAGAGAUACUUUUCAUAAAAAAUGACGGAUCUGAAAGAAAAAAUCAGUGAUCACAAAAUGGUCAAUUUGAUUAAGUGCAUUCUUGCCGGGUUUGUAACCAGGGAAGCUCUUAUACCAUUCGUCACGAAUGUUAUGGAGGAUGUAAAGGAAUGCUUAAGACGUCAAACUAAAAAUGUAACAUGCGGUAUUUGCUCAACACCAAAUGUCAUUGAUUGCCCAGCGAAGGGCACAUGCAAUAUAUAUCAACGAAAGUGCUCCUUUCAUUUGAAACAUAAGUUCAAGAAGUGCGUAUCAGGUGUUUGUCAGACGCUUAGAGACGCCAUAUCAAAACUACACCGCCAUGAAAACCCAACUUGGUGUAAUACGGACGCCACAAUAUGGUUGAAAGAACCGUGGGAAGUCGCAAAGUGUUUUCUUCCUCCAAAAGGCUACGUUGGUAAGGCCAGUGCUGAUGAAACAGAUAUCAAUGGAAUAAUAAAUUUGAUCAUUAACUGUCGACACUUUGACAACGAAAUUGGUGACGACCUUCGCAAGCAGGAAAACGUUUGUACCAUCGUAAGAGAAAAGAUGCGAGAUAUAAGACACGCGUCACAGACUGAUGUUUCUGAUGACGUCAUGCAUGACGUCAUUAACGCGUUGACCAAUCUUCUGAAAGAUAUAAGACGCCCUGACAGUGUUCCAGAAUGCAUAAAGGCAAUACAUAAACUGAAUGAGAUAGAGCAAGACGAUUACGACAUCAAAUCUGAAAGUAUCGAUGUACAAAAUGACGUGUUGAAAGAGCUUGUGUCAUUGAACGUAGAGGACAAAGUGGAAUAUUUAUACCAUCACUUUAGCAAGAAGCUCCAAAUUUUGAGUACCGAAAUUGCGAAAAUGAAGGAUGCACCAGAAACAAAUCAUGCUCGUCUGACAGAAGACUUCCAAGAAGAUUUGAAAAACUUUUAUAUCAAGUUCAAAAAUCAGCUUCCCAUCUAUCCAUUACCGCCGCGUGUGAAAGGGACGGUAGAACACCUUUAUGUUACGCCAAAUGUUAUCAGACUUGACCACGGAAAAUUCAACAGAGAAUCACAGCACCGCAGACAUUCAUUUAGAAAGUCAUACUCAGCAGAUGAAUUACACCUGUCUGACGUUCUACUCGACCAUGGCAACAUCGUUAACGUAGUUUAUAUCGAAGGUGAGCCAGGGGUUGGAAAAACCGCCUUUUGCGUGAAAACUGCAUUGGCAUGGGCUUCAAAUCAUGACCCUACAGACACUGACAGGUUUUUUCAGUCUGAAACGCUUGGUCAAUUCAAAUUCGUUUUCUUGGUGUUCCUACGGGACUUCAGUGGUCGUGAAUGCGAUAUUGACAAGAUGAUUUACCACCAUAUUCUUGCAAACCUGCCGGCCAAAUACACUGAUCAAUUUCUACAGAGGGUGCUUGAUGAAGAAGUUUGUCUCAUUAUUCUGGACGGACUGGAUGAGUGGCGACAUAGGAACAACAGUGAUUGCUAUUGUGGAGCACAAACAAUGAUUCCACGGCGAAGAAUGCGCGACAAAUGUUUAGUCCUGACAACCACACGACCGUGGAAAAUGGCAUUCGCAAGGAUGUCGUCCGAUAUCGAAAUUGAACGAGUUUUCGAAAUAACUGGUGUGAAAGAUCCACGCGACCUUGCAGAAAAGGUUAUCCAAUGUCUUAACAAAAAGACAGGAAGAAAUGUGUUGCCAGAUGAUUUCUUCAACUCGGUAGAGGACCACAAUUUGACACACUGUCUUAACGUGCCAGUGCUCAACAUGCAACUCCUGUAUCUUUGGUAUACAGGAGGAAAACUUGGAUCAUCCGUGUGCGACAUCUAUAGGAACAUGAUAGAUAUGUUGUUUGGGCAACUUAGAAUGCGUAUGUCAUCGGGCAGUGAUAUGGAGCAGUUGCGAGACGAUGCAAAUGACAAAACUCAAGAUGACCUUUUAGAAAAACUGCAAAAACUAGCGUUCGACACCUUGAUUGACCAUGAAAGAGAAUCGUCAAUUGUGUUUGACCAAUCUGUGGUUGACAAAGCCUUAAAUUCAGAAGAAAAGAAAAAGGCACUACAAGUUGGGAUUUUAACCCAAAGAUCUUUUCUCCAACCGAACGCUCAACAUGGCUCAGUUUUGUCAUUCUUACAUAAAACAUUCCAAGAGUUUCUUGCAGCACGCCACAUUGCUAAGUCGGUGUCUCAGACAAACAAUUUAAAGAAAUCAAUUGCAAAUCUCGAUGGACACUUGCUCAAAAUACAUGACAUCGCAACCUUUUUCGAAUUUUUGUGCGGCAUUGACAGCGAAAAAGCAGUUGCGUUCUCGGCAUCUCUCAUGAACUUUGUUUCUAAUGAUUGUGAAGCAAACUUAAAUGCUAUUGGUACAGAAAACAGUGUACAGGACUUACAAAAUCUGCAUAUAAUUCAGCAAGCACAAGACUUGGUUCUCAAGGGACUCAGAGAAUCAAAAAGCAAUCAGCAUGAAGCGCAUUUAUAUCUUACCCAUGUGACUGACAGACACGUGAAAAACACAGAGGUAUGGAGGGAGCUUGUUAAAAGAAACGAAACGAGGAUCGUAUCGGUGUAUUUAGAGGAACUCAAUGACAAACCGACCAUUGAUGUCUUCAGAUCAGUUUUUUCAUCGUCGAAUGAUACACUUGUGUACGUAACACUGAAAGAGCGAUGUACGGAAAUAGAUCUUAGUGUAUGUAGACAUUUGAAAUACCUCUGCAUCGCUGGAGAAAAAGAGCCAGCAAAAACUACCGCGUCCACAGAGAGUAUGAUUACCUGUAGCCUUGAACGCGUUUCGGAAGUGACAGAAAAGGUUAUGUUUGCGGCAUUAUCGAAGAAUUCUGAAUGUUUGCAAAAUCUACACGUACAUCAAUGUAAACAUACAAAUGAUCUUGUCAACAUGCUGCCGGAAUUGACGCAUCUUAAACGCUUGAAAAUAUGCCACAUUGACUUUACGAAAGAGCCAAUUGAACGACUUUCGGGAACAUUGACUUAUGUGUACUUUGAACUUGUAACUAUUAACGUUGUUACGAUAGAGAGGCUGACGAUGUUAUAUGAAGGAUCCAACCAUUCCGUGACCUUUAAACUAAAAGAAUGCAAUGUUGUACCACAUCAGGAAUUCAUUGCUUUUAAAAAGAAAAUCAGUUCUUCUAACAAAUAUAACGUCAUGAAAGACGGGUACAAAAUGCAAGCGCAAAAUCUCCCCUUAGAUUACGUCUUUGAUGGAAUGGACGAAAUGUAUGUAUUCAAAUACUCGCUCAAUCCGAACACUAAGUUAAAUACAGAUGACAGCAAGUGCACUACGCUAUAUGAUAGAACCGUUUCAAGCGUUUGAGAUAACCAUAGAUGUAUAUUCUUUACAUAUUUGAUGACAGGUCUAUUGAAACAAUCAAGAACUAUAACAAAAGAAUACGUUGAAUUUACGAGCAAAGCUCAUUAUUUGCCCACGGACGAAUGGACAUCAUCUAAUCAGGUUGGCUUCGAUAAAUGUUCAUAUUAUGACAUAGUUACACCUGUUUUUCAUGACAUAACAUGUUACACUGAGCACUUGCACAGUCUUCUACGACAAGUAGAUACAUAUGUUUGUAGAAAAUGAUGCAAACUUCGGACAAAUGGAAGAACAAUUAUGUCAUAUUGCAGUUUCUCUUCAAACAAGAAUUGUAUUGGAAUGAAAUAAUCUGUGUAUUUUUGUAACAUAUGUAUUUUUGUUUAUGUAUAGAAUUUAAAUUGUUUGACGAUCUUCAAAUUUCGUAUAUUGUGCAUAUACUAGUAUAUUUGCAGCAUAUACUAGUGUAUUUGAAGCAUAUACUAGUGUAUUUGAAGAUUUUGAUAUGUGCAUAGUAUGUCUAAAGUUUAGAUCUGUACGAGCUGUGCGGUAAAACAUUUUCAAAAAUAAGACAAUCGUUCAAUAAGUAUUUAUAACAUUAUUGCCUAAAACAUGGUCUAAUUUUGCUCAGUACAACAUUAUUUUCUAUCAUUCUAGAAUUUUUUUCGUCGGUUCAUUUCCAGCUAACGGAAAUGAAGUGUUGACAAAAUUCAUUUUAGUUUGAAACUCCUUUCUUGAGGCGCAAGUUGGAAUCUCGCUUGGGCCUUGUAUCGAAACAUAGUUUUGGAGAUGUUCACACAUUUUUCUUAAAGAUAAGCGUUAUAUUUUAAUUGCUGCUGAAAACAUAGUGUAAUAGUGAACAGUGGGAAUAUGAAUUAUUGUAAUAUGUUUCUAAAUGUUUGGGGUAACAGCGUCGAUAUGCCCCUUGAAUUCGAAACAAAGUGGUUUGGUUUUUGUUACCUUUAUAAUACAAGAGAUCUUAUUGCCAUUUUUGACAAUCCGUAAUGUUGCGGUCAUGAUUGAUAGCUGACAAUUUUAAUUGUGCUUUGUACACAAGUUGUAAUGUUCACAUAAUUUGCAUAGUAUAUGUAUUUAAUAAAAUAUUUUGGAUUUAA